AGGCUAGUCACUUCUCCAAUGAAUGAAGCGUACUUUGACAACCUCAGUGACGUUGAAUUACGUCAGGAACUAAAAAAAUAUGGUAUUCCCGUUGUGCCCAUUGUUGAGACCACAAGGAAUCUACUUAUAAAAAAACUCAAAUACCAUGCCCUAAACAAUGCAAACUCCUCGACCGGCAGAUCGAAUAGGCGUAGCCUGCAAACAAUGCCCUCAACAACAACGGCAUCUUCAUCUACAAAGCGUAAUGUUUCUCCAGGGAGGAGACGUACACAUCAUUCGUUUGCACGUCCCUCUUCCAAUGCCUCGGACACCUUGAGUAAUAUGUCCUAUACUAAUGGUGGUACAACAUCGUCUGAAUUUCGAACAGAUCAGAUAGAACAAAAGCAUAGUUAUUUAUCGAAUGAGGGUAUGUCGUAUAUAUACAGAGACUACGGCAAGUCGUCGGAUGAAAGAAAUAAACCGCCACAAACGAAAUCAUCAUCUCCAAAAAUAUAUGUGCCGCCGCCAAUCUUGGCCAAUGAUGUCCAACGUCCAAUAAAACGACUUGAAUCCUCAAACAUGCGCGAAAUUAAUCGAACACCACCCUACAGUGGAAACAGCGAAUCUUCUGGCGUGGUAAGUAGACUAUUAAAGCUGAGAGAUAUUUCCUUGAGAGGUGGUACACACAAUGCCACACCUUCGUAUGCGGCAAAGAACCACUUUUCAUAUUCAACGGAUUCGGAUUCUGACAGCGGCAGCCCCACUCGAUAUACAUUGACCAAGAGGAAACAGACACGAUCUGUUCGGGAUGUGAUUUGGAGUAAACUCAAUAUAAAAGGAAAACUGAAACAAUCAUCGGUGCCAUAUGUUUUAAUGUGCUGCUUGGGACUUUUCUUCGUAGUCUUGUCGAUUUUGUAUAUGACCAAACCACCGGACAUGCCAAGUACAAUGCUAGAAAAAAGUACCUCAUUUGUUUUAUGCGAUGAACACAGGGAGGGCUUGUCCUUGGCCAGGCCAUCUAUAGAUUGCAUUACCCACGAUUUAAUUGCACCCUCGUUGACAUUAUGCAAAGAACUCAUACAGCUGCUUCAACACAAUACCGAGGUCCAUUACUGUCAAAACAAGGAAUUGAGUCCUGAAGUUACAGUCUCCGAUUUCCUAAAACACCUAUACAGGAAACGAAGUUCCGACAGCCAUAAGUUAUUGAAGAGCCUGAAAGCGGCACUGUAUCUAAUUGAGCAGAAUCCUCAGUGGAAAAUUCAAGUAUUCAACAGAUCGGAAGACCCCGACGUGAUUGAUAUAUACAGGGAUGUACAUUUCAGUCUAUUAAAGCCAUACCUACCACUGAAAUGUAUACUGAUGAACAAACUGCAACGUUUCCUCUUCAUAAUUGGCACAACAUUUCUAAUAGCUGUCGUAUGUGCGGCUAUUUUUGUCAUCUGGCGGUUACUGCGACAAAGAAGUGAAAGAAAAAUCAAAACUGUGGAAAACUUUUGCAAGGAAAUAAUUAAGGAACUGAUGCAUAGACGUUCUCUGAAAAAUGACUCAGGGGAGGUUAUCAUUCACCACCUGCGGGAUAAACUGAUUCCGCUCAAUAAGAGAAAAUCGCUGUUGGGUGCCUGGAAUGAGGCCAUACACAAAUUGGAGUGCAACGACAGCCGCAUACAAUUCGGUACAAUUUUGCACAACGGUGAAGAGUUUCGCACUAUGAAAUGGUGUGAGUCCGUUUGUCCCUCACCAUCAUCCAGUUUUCUAUCGUCAACAACGUAUGAAAAACCAGACACCGGAAAGCCACAAAAGAAGCAAUGGCAAAGCCCGGCAUUUGAUAAUGUGAAUAAAAUCUUGGAUCCGCCAACAAACUGUCUGAAAGUUCGUCACAUGUUCGAUGAAACCAGCCAACCCGAUCUGCAGUCUGUAAUUGAAUCCAUUCUGGAAAAAGUGGGACCUCAGUGCAAAAUCUACGAUAUUCAGUUGGAUCGGCAAAACUGUUGUGUAUACAUUCGUUGUGCCACUGAAAAAGACGCCGGUAUUGUGCACAACGAAAUCAACGGGUGGUGGUUCGACAAUCGUUUAGUUUCAAUUAAAUUCUUGCGAUUACCCCGUUUCCUUGCACGCUUCCCCAAUUCAACAAGUACAACACCACUUACAAUUAGAAAUAACACAUCGUAA